CUUCGCCCUGCGAUCCACGAAGAUGCGGCGUGGGAGGGUCCCGGGGUCGGAUACCAGGCUGAGUUCGGAGGGUCUGCGAGACCUAACUCGGAAUCCGAAUCCCUCUGCCUCGGCCCAGGACGGGGUCGGGGCGAGCGCGGAGGCACCGGAAGUGUGCGUGCCGCUUUCUGGGAGAUGUAGUUUAGCGCGCCUGCGCAGGCGCAAUUCGCUGCGUGGCGACCGCGGCCUUUGUCCUGCAGUCCGCCAGAACUUCCUGCAGAGGAGCUGGCUGUUCCUGCAAGAGGCCAGAGUAGGAGGGAAUGACCGCUGGGCUCCUCACUGCUGUGGACCCGGAGCAAGUGACUUUUGAGGAUGUGGCCGUGGACUUCACCUGGGAGGAGUGGGGGCAGCUGGAGCCAGCCCAGAGGACCCUGUACCGAGAUGUGAUGCUGGAGACCUUCGGGCUCCUGGUCUCUGUGGGGCACUGGCUCCCAAAGCUGGACGUCAUCUCCUUGCCAGAGCAGGAGGUGGAGCUGUGGACGGUGGACAAGGGAGUCCCCCAAGGUGUGUGCCCAGACUUGGAAACUAGACCCCAAACCAAACUGUUCACUGCAAAGCAAGACAUAACUGAAGACAUACCUAGCAAUUCUGCAGUAGCAAGGUUCCUGUGGGAAAGUCUCUGGUGCUCUAAGGGUGACAGUGCUGAGGGCCACUGGGCGCAGAGUUGUGAGAGGCCAGGGGGCUGUGUGGUGCAGGUGGCCUUCGUGUCUGUGAAGACGCCCACUCAGGAGCAGCAGCAGGGAAAUGGGUCUGGGGAAAACUUGAGUCUGAGCCCCAAUUUCCCAACUCAAGCAAUGACUCCUGAAAGGCAAGGCCGCCCCACAUGGGGAACACAUGGAAGGAUGGAGAAUCCAGACUCAAAUGCUCAACAGAAAAUCUGUGCAAAAGAGAAACCCUACAGAUGUCAGGACUGUGGAAAGGCCUUUAGUCACAGCUCGGCACUCAUCGAACACCACCGAACACACACAGGGGAGAGGCCUUUCGAAUGUCAUGAAUGCGGAAAAGGCUUCCGAAACAGCUCGGCACUCACCAAACACCAGAGAAUCCACACUGGUGAGAAGCCUUACAGAUGCACUCAGUGUGGGAGGACCUUCAACCAAAUUGCCCCGCUGAUCCAGCACCAGAGAACUCACACUGGCGAGAAGCCCUAUGAGUGCAGUGAAUGUGGGAAAUCCUUUAGCUUCAGGUCAUCCUUCAGCCAGCAUGAGCGGACUCACACAGGCGAGAAGCCCUAUGUGUGCAGUCACUGCGGGAAGUCAUUCCGGCAAAGUAUCCACCUCACCCAGCACCUGCGAAUCCACACCGGGGAGAAACCCUACCAGUGUGGAGAGUGUGGCAAGGCCUUCAGCCACAGCUCAUCCCUGACCAAACACCAGCGAAUCCACACAGGGGAGAAGCCCUACGAGUGCCAGGCGUGUGGGAAAGCCUUCACCCAGAUCACACCGCUGAUUCAGCAUCAGAGGACGCACACAGGUGAGCGGCCCUACGAGUGCAGUGAGUGCGGGAAGGCCUUCAGCCAGAGCACACUCCUGACGGAGCACCGGAGGAUCCACACGGGGGAGAAGCCCUAUGGGUGCAACGAGUGUGGGAAAUCCUUCAGCCACAGCUCCUCGCUCAGCCAGCACGAACGGACACACACGGGCGAGAAGCCCUAUGCGUGCAUUCAGUGUGGGAAGGCCUUCCGACAGAGCACACACCUCACUCAGCAUCAGAGGGUCCACACGGGGGAGAAGCCCUACGAGUGCAGCGACUGCGGCAAGGCUUUCAGCCACAGCUCGUCCCUGACUAAGCACCAGCGGAUCCACACCGGGGAGAAGCCCUAUGAAUGUAACGAAUGUGGCAGAGCCUUCAGCCAGCUGGCUCCACUCAUUCAACACCAGAGGAUCCACACUGGGGAGAAGCCCUAUGAGUGUAACGAGUGUGGCAGAGCCUUCAGCCAGAGCUCCCUCCUCGUAGAACACCAGAGGAUCCACACCAAGGAAAAGCCCUAUGGGUGCAAUGAGUGUGGGAAAUCCUUCAGCCACAGCUCCUCGCUCAGCCAGCAUGAGAGGACGCACACUGGGGAGAAGCCCUACGAGUGCCGGGAUUGUGGGAAAGCCUUCAGGCAGAGCACACACCUCACUCAGCACCGAAGGAUCCACACGGGAGAGAAGCCGUAUGAGUGCAGGGACUGUGGGAAAGCCUUCACACACAGCUCCUCCCUUACCAAGCACCAGAGAACUCACACAGGGUAGACCCACCUUGUGUGCCUGGACACAGGAGAGCCUUAAGCCAAAUGCAUCCCUUACUAGAUCUGACCCAGCCGUACUUCUGAGAAACAGCACAGACAUAUUAUACACAAGCUUUCAUGCACAACACAUUCCUCAGACCCCCUCAGAGAGUUCACACUGAUGGAAGUGAUUGUAGGAAUACAGCGCUCUGGGUCCUCAAGCCCUGGAUAUCAGAUCAUCCAGACAUUAGGCGAGUGUGGAGUUAACCACUGUUGAGGACCUUCAGCCAUGAGUGCCCACUACUGCUUCAUUAUAGAGCCUACAAAAGAGAGAGCUGGAAAAUAAUGCAGUGGAUCUGGGGAUGGCUUCUAUCUAAGGAUUCACCAUAUUCCAAACCAGAUAUUUUCAAAAUGGUGAGAAAUCCACCAGAUAGAUUUCAUAUAAAGGAAUCGAAUGAAGUCAGAAUUGAUCAUUAUUGUAUAUUACAUUCUUGGGGAGGGGGUGCUUCUGAAUGGUGCAAAUUGACUCUGAUAUUCCCUAAAAACAAUAUGGCAGAGUGUUCCAGACAUGAGACUGGCAUAUUUAUGGAAUCACCAUGAAUAUUCAACUUUCUCAGUAUAAAAUUUUCUGAUCAAGGUGCAUGGCCACCAGCCUCAAAGAUGUGAAUUCCAUAAUGACAGAGUAUGUAUGUGCUAUAAACAGAUUUUAAAGUAGUUAUCUGCAUUAUGUUGCAAUAAGUUGAUCUUUAUAUGCAAUGGAAUUGAAAAGAUUUGUGUAGGAAGACUUGAAAUGUAAAGCCACUUCCAAGGAGUCUUGCAGAUUCUGAGAUGGCUUUUGCUUCUCUGAUCUUGCUAUAAAUUUUCCUACAGGUUUCACAGGCAUUAGAAAUGCAGGUGUUGGUGUUUCACAAAAAGAGGAAGAUUUUUCCUUUGUUAAGCCACCAUCUUAUGAGCAAUAAUAGCACCUCUAUGUUGGAAAUUUAUGUUUUGCAAUAUUUUAUCUCUUGAGAAAUAUAUAAGUUAAUCUUUGGAACUGUCUUUUCAUUGAUUCUUCAUCCUGAUGUUCAGUGAGCUUUUGUUUUUAUAUAAUUUAACUUGAAGGCAGUCUGUAGCAUUUCACUGAACCCUGAAUCCACUAAUAACAGGUACCCUGACAGCCACUAUCCUUAAACAGUGACUUCUCACUCUCAUUAGAACCCAUAUUUAAAUUGCAUUGGCUGAAUUUGGUCACAACCAUCAGUUUGGGUUAUAUCAGUUUGGUUUUUUAAUCAUAAUGUGGGACAUGUUUCCAGUUAACUUGAGAUUUCUCCUUUGGGGGAACCAUGUUGCAGAUAGUCCCAUACUGUUCCUCAGUAUGCUUGUAGAAUGCCUCCUCUUUUUUGGAAUUAACUUAAGUCAUUUAAAACCACUUAAGAAAAUCGGUAAAUAGUGCAUAGCAGCACACUCCAACAGAAACAGCACAAGCCACAUCAGUAAAUUUAAAUAUAUAGUAAGAGUUCCAUUGAAACAGCAAGAAGAAAUAGGUAAAAUUAAUCUACUGCUUGUCCCUCUAUAUCCCAAAUGUUACCACUUUGACAUGUUGUUAAUAUUAAAAAAUCACUGAGA